AACUCGCGGGUUGGCUCACUCUGCGGCUCCCGCCGCUCGGGAGCACACACGCGGGGCCAAAAUAACUCUAAUUCGAACUAUUUUAAUAUAAGAAUAUAAACAUUUGUAAAUAUCACCUCAAAAAACCAACAAAAAAAAACUACACUCUCUUUCAACAAAAAAAAACACUUCUACUUUCACUUCUCCAUUUAAAACAAAAUAAAAAACUCCAAAACAAAAAGAAAAAAGUCAUCUAUUUUUCUCAAAAAAAAAAAAAAAAUACUUUCGUCGAGGAGACGAAGAUUUUUCAAUUUUUUUUUCUCUCCAUCAAUGCUGUUAUAAUCACUAUUUGUAAACGUGUGACCCUUACAUUAUUUUGUCCUCCGCGUGGGACGGGUUCAGUGUUGUAACUUAGAUUAUAAGAUAAUACAACAUUUAAGAAAGAAAGCAUAAAAAAAAUAGUGAGAGGAAUAAAAAAAAACAGCAAACAUUAAUUUUUCUUGGAUAAAUGGAAGAAAUAAGAAGAAGGAAUAAUUUAACAAAAAAAGGCUGUGCAACAUUGUCCUGGGGAUGUCCUGCCGUUUUGCAGAAUUUCCUAAAUACACUGCAAACAACGAAUCCGACCAAGUUGAACGCCUAUGAUACGUUCUCCUGACAGAUAAAUAAAAAAGGAUUUCGAUCCUCUAAAGAAAGAGAAAAAAAGAGAGAGAGAAGAAUUUCAAAUUUCGCUCAAAAAAAAAAAAUUGUUGCUUUUCUUGUCGCGCACGUGCCGGGGAAAGAGACUUUUAAAAUACGAAUUUCACUCGCGAGAACACUUUUGAAAAAAAAGAAAUUAUUAAUUAAGAUGUAAUUUUGUGCCUCGUUAAACCAAACAAAAAAAAAACAUGGAUCUCGUGUAUUAGGGUAUAAGUAUAAGUGCGAAUUUUAGUGCCAGAGAAAAAGAGAGAGAGAAAAGGAGAUAAUGAAUCAUCGCUUUUUAGAAUUUUUAAAUAAUAAAAUAAAUAUAAUAGAGUUUGAAUAAUAUUUUCGAGAACAAUUGUCCAGAUUAUUUGGGGGAAGAAAUACGAAGAAAAAGAUAAAUUUGCUAUUUGUUGAUAAUUAUUCGGAAGAAUUUUUUUUUCUUGUUUUUUUUCGGGGGGUAAUUUGUGAAGUGAAAAGGAUGGCGGGCUACAAUCACGCGAAUCCCCAGCGUGUCGUCUACCACGCGACCUACCCGACGCCUCUUGCCCCAAAUGGGGAUCCAAUUAAGCUUCCGGAAAAUUUGGAGACUUUACCGCGAGCUGAGCAUUUUCCGACACAGAGGCAUCGAUGGAAUACAAACGAGGAAAUUGCGGCAAUUUUGAUAAAUUUUCAAAGGCACGCAGAAUGGCAGAGUCGAGAGGCAAAAGUAAGACCGAGAAGUGGUUCGAUGUUGUUAUUUUCAAGGAAAAAGGUCCGCUAUCGACGCGAUGGUUAUUGUUGGAAGAAAAGAAAAGACGGAAAAACGACGAGAGAGGAUCACAUGAAACUAAAGGUCCAAGGAGUGGAAUGUAUUUACGGCUGCUAUGUGCAUUCAGCGAUAUUGCCAACGUUUCAUCGACGUUGCUAUUGGCUUCUACAAAAUCCGGACGUUGUUCUCGUUCAUUAUCUCAAUGUUCCUUAUCCUGAUGGUGACGCGAAACUGGCCGCUUUACCGCCAUGCCUUGCAUUACCACCGGAUAAAAAAGAAUGGACACGGGAUGAAUUGGCAUCGCAAUUGAGGCCAAUGUUCCUUGGCGGUGAUGACGAUCCAAUAAAUCCACAUCUCUCGCAAAACUCAAAUCAUCCAGUGGAUAUGAUUGUCUCACAAUUAUUAGAUAGACAGCGGGCUUCGUCAGCCUCUACAACCACCAGUGCUCAAAUCGCUCCCAGGAGACUCACCCCUGACAAUCAGGUCUCAUCGACAACCGGAGGUCAACAACCAACCUCAACGGCGUCGACGGCUCCUCGCGUAUACUCGAGACAUUCCCAUUCAACUCAGAGUCAGCAAUCGGCUCCAUUAGUAUUAAGUCUGCAACAAAUUCAAGGAGGCGGAGGACUCCUUAUUCUAAAUAGUCAACCAUAUCAUCAUCAACAACAACAACAACAACAACAGCAACAACAACAACAGCAGCAGCAACAACAACAGCAACAAUCAGCGGCACAAUCGAAUCAAGUGGAAAUGCAGCAAGUACAGGAACAAAAAAUCGUUCAACAAAUUGGUGUCGAUCGUGAGCAACAAACACAACAGGAGAUCGAUGUUAAGGACAAUAUUGAUUGUGCGAGUGUUCAAACGCUCUCAACGCCUGGCAGCGGAUCGGCUGGUGUUACUGACUUUGCGGAGACACUCGAUCUCAGUCAGGAGGAUAUUCAACGGACUUUAUCGGCAAAUAUGGUGCCACCAUCGCCAUCACCUUCGCCCGCCGAUAAUAGUAUUAUCAAUCCAAUGGACUUUAUUGAUUCGCCUGACGAUGUUCUGGUCAAUCUUGAUGCAUUCGAUGUCUUUGGGGACUUGCCCGAGUUGCAUGACUUCGAUACAUCGGAGCAUUGCAAGGCUGAGGAGAGGAGUGCGGAUAAUGACAAUGCUUGUCAUCCUGGUACCACCGUCCAUAUUGCUGAAUAUAGUCCUGAAUGGAGCUACACCGAGGGAGGCGUCAAGGUGCUGGUGGCGGGACCCUGGACCGGUGGCAGUAGUUCGCAGUCGUACUCGAUACUUUUUGACGCCGAACCAGUGGAAGCCUGUCUCGUUCAACCAGGUGUAUUGCGAUGCCGAUGUCCCGCUCAUGCACCGGGAAUAGCUUCGCUUCAAGUUGCCUGCGAUGGUUUCGUCGUGUCCGACAGUGUCGCUUUUGAAUACCGAAAACCGCCGACUUCCGAACCGAGUCCCGAGAAAGCGCUUCUCGAUCGUCUCGCCGAUGUUGAGGCUCGUCUUCAGGGACCCGGUCCAUCGUCGCCGGCUGCUCAUCUCGAGGAGCGACUCGUCGCCUAUUGUCAGGACGCUGUUGUGAGGCCAUGGCGCACAGGAGCGGAGCCACUUCAAUCCGGAGGACCGACACUUCUCCAUUUGGCAGCGGGUCUAGGUUACUCGAGAUUGGCCUGCGCUCUUUUGCACUGGAGAGCCGAAAAUCCGAGCAGUGUUUUGGACGCCGAAGUCGAUGCUCUGCGUCAGGACGCCGCUGGAUUAACGCCUCUCGCUUGGGCGUGCGCUGCCGGACACGCCGAUACAGCCAGAAUACUUUAUCGAUGGAACGCAAUGGCGCUGCGUGUGAGAGAUUGUCAGAACAGGAGUGCCACCGAAUUGGCUGCGGAGAACGGUCACACGGCGAUCGCCGAAGAGCUCAAUCGCUUGGAGGCUAGGAGACAAGAUGAGAGACUAUUUUUGCGGCCCGCCAGCCCUAUUCCUAGGAGGCCAUCUCAAGAUAGCGGUCUCGAUUUGGCUCUGUGUGGUUCCCCGCUCCUAGAUGACAUGGAUUUGUUGCAAGAGGAUGAAUCGUCCUUAGGUCUCGGCCACCAGGGAAUGGAGACUGUCCCGAACCCUCGAGGGGAGGAAGACGCGAGAGUGCUGACUUUGGCCGAGCAAAUUAUAGCCGCCCUGCCGGAGAGGAUCAAGAGAGCAGAGGCCGAUCCUCCAUCUCCAUCUUCGCCACCUCCACCUCCACCUUUACCACCUCUCGAGGACGCCUUGAUGGAACAAAUGCCACUCGACUCGGGUAAAUUGUUUGACUCGUAUCGGGAGUGCGGCGGUGCGGCCUCCGUUUCGGACGCGGACGCCGAUGCGAGUCCAUCAAGUCCUUCGAGCAGUUGUUUAACGCCGGACUCACCGUCGCCACCGCCGACGACUGCAGAUUUUUGUGAAUUUUUACAAUUACAAUUGCAACUCGACGGUGGCAACGGUCAUAAUGGCCAUUAUCGUUAUGGACAAGAGAGGAAAUUUGGAUGUGGAAUUAAUGGCUGCGGUGGGAGUUUAAGUUCAGGAGAUGGAAGCGAAGCUGAUUUAAGUAGACUGACAUUAUCGGAUCGCGAGCAACGUGAACUCUAUCAGGCGGCGAGAAUGAUACAAAAAGCUUACAGGAGUUAUAAGGGACGUCAACGUCAAGAGGAGGCCGAGAGGCACGCCGCCGUUCUCAUUCAACAAUAUUAUCGUCGUCACAAGCAGUGUGCUUAUUACAGACAAGCAACGAAGGCCGCUUUGGUGAUUCAAAGUAACUACAGAAAUUAUCGUGCACGUCCUGGAUCAUCAGUUUCAAGACAGCAAGCCGUUCAUCAACAAGCCGCUCAUCAAGCUGCUCGGAAAAUUCAACAAUUUAUGCGACAAUCCAAAGUCAACUUGUCAUGGGAUGAUUCCCGACCGACUGCAGAACGCCAGGGCCGCCGCAAACGGGAACGGGAGGCAGCCAGUGCCCAUUUUACGGGGGGCUGUUGCCCCCCAAAACUCGCCCUUAUCUAGCCCAGGGGCUAGCCUAGUAGCCGCCAGCCCAAAGGUCACACAGUGAAUAAUUAUCAGCGAACGGAAGAAAGAAAGGAAAAAUGAUGCCCGACAGGAACGAUAUUGGCCCAUGUAGGUUUUUUUGCUAAAGUGAUACAUAUUAUAAAUAUAUUACCAUAACGAAGAACAAUUUCCGGUUAUUAACGGAAGUAUACUGGAAACACACACACACACAGAGACUUAAUAUGUGUGAUAUUGUUUCUUGAGGAAAAAAAAUAUGGGUAUCCCAUCAUCUCGCGUUACUUAUUUAGAAAAAAAAACAAAACAGAAGCAUUUAUACUGUUGCAAUAAGUUAAAAAAUAUUUUAAACUCUAAAAUUUUUUAUCCAUGUCUUCUUAAUAGGCUUUCAGAAGCAAACACUUAUUUAAUGCAUUAAUAUAAUUAAUUAUUAUACAAUUAUUAUAAUUAAUAAUAUAUAAAAUGCAAGGUGUUUCCAAUAAUUUCCCCUAAUUCUGGAAACGCGUUCUUCUCUCAUCAAUGAUUAUUAAUGAUAAUAGUCCUCUAGGUAUCGCAUCAAUUUUCUUUUAUGAUGCGUCGAUGUGAAUAAAAAUUUUGCAGGAAAAUCUUUGUACAGAGACCACGAGUUUUUUUUGUGGUAUUUUCUUUUUUUCGCAUCGCUUUUUUCUUGAAAAUGAAUUUAAAAAUUGAAAGCCCUAAAUAAAAGGGGGAAAUUUUCGCAUUAUAGGCUUAGAUUACUUAUAGAUUUUUCGCUUUUCACAGCAAGUGAACUUAAUUCAGUGUUCAGUAUUCCAAUUUGAGAAUACCUAAUCUUAGUAGAAUUAUAUUUGUUAAUUGCGUUGAUCGCAGUAUUUUUUGAAAGCAACGCGAUCAUUCUUUUUAUCUGCCUCGCGAGACAGACGGUUCGUUGUGCGAUACACGUGUACCUUUUUGCCGGACGCUUCUUGUUCCUAUGGCAAAUAUUUUCUAUAUUAUUUUCCAUUGCAUUUCUUCUCCUUUUUUUCUCCCUCCAAUUUUUUUUACUUAUUAAUUCAAUAUCAAAAGGCACCAAAUACUUAUUUAUUUUUUCGUAAAAUAUUUUAUUUCAUUUUUAAUUCACUUUUUUCUGUAUCGUGAAGAUUCCGAGAGAAAAAAAAAUUACGCUUCCUUAAAGUAUUCUAUAAGUGCAAAAUAUAUAUAUGUAAAUAUAUAUAUUUAUAUAUCUAAAAGUCAAGAUUUUUCGCUUUUAGAUUUAAUUGGAGCUGAUAUUCCUAAUGUUAGAGAGAAAAAAGAAAUUUUACAGUUUCGUGAAAUUUUUAAUAUCCAUUGUCAAUGGUGCUAUAUAAAAUGUAAAUGAAUCUUUUUUGCAAGCGCCUUUUUAAUAAAAAAAAAAAAUAGAGCGCGACACUAAAUUCGUGGUGGCUGUACUGAAAAAAAGUUAGAGAAAAAAAACUGAAUAAACGAUAUUUCCAGAUGUUGCCGAGUUGUUUAAAAAAAAAGAAGAAAAAAACAAUUUAAAUAAUAAUAAAAAAAAAUUUUUUAAUCUAUUCUCAACUUUACGAUUCUUUGGUGAAAAAUAUAUAAAUUUUUUUUUACAUCUUGGCAACAGCUUUUGUGCUAAUUCCUACGAGUAGUUUCGCGAUAGAAUGGAUCAGUGUUAAUUGAAACGACGAGCUUUUGUCCUGAUAUUUAAACAAAAGAAAAAAAAAGCUCAAACAUGUAUUUUUGGACUGAUUCGUGAAUUUUUCGUUCAUUAUUUCAGAGAGAUAAAUUUUUUCGCAUUUCUUAAUGUAUAAGUAAACUAGAAAAAAAUAUAAAUAUUCGUUUCAAUUCUCAUGUAUCGAGAUUAAAAAAAAAUUUCUAAAAAGCUAAAAAAAAUGUAUAAAUUUAAAAUUAAUUUCUUUAUGUUGUUGAAAAAUUGUUUUCACGGAUUCUCUUUCACAAAGGUAUGAAAUUUUUCCAAAUAGGCAUUGGAGACAGAGAAAUGAAGUUCAGGGAGUUGAAAAUUUAAAUUCAGUGUAAAAUUGAAUUCUCUUGUGACGCAAGAAUUUAAUUUUUUUUAAGAAAAAAUAUCCUUUCUCUUGAAUUCUUUUAAUAAUUUAUAGUUAGGAAUUCAAUUUAAAUAAAAUCAAUACAUUUUUUC